CUGUCAUUACUGUGUCACUAGAGUGUCGCGAACUGUUGGCGUGUUUGGAUGUGCAUGCGCAUGACUCCGACCUAUCAUCACGAACGAUGUCGACGCGAACGGCGAUGCCGACGAUGACGAUGUUCAAGUCGAGAAUUGGCUCGACACCACUGACGAACGGCAAUGGAAAUCUCGCCGAGAGCCAGAAAUCGACGCCAACUAGCCUCUGGUCGAGAAUUCACGUGAACGAAUGGACGUUCAGUCUGAUGCUUUUUACCUUCUCGCUCGCCAUUCUCGUGGCCAAGCUGUACCUGAAUUAUUAUGGAAAGCUUUUGUCAUGGCAAACCAGCGAUCGAUAUUCUUUGCCGAUAGCAUUUACGCAAAUGUACGAAACAAUAUCGAAUAUGUCUGACGUUUUAUCGAAAUUUGAUGUGAAACAAUUGCCGACGGAUAACGAAAAGUUUUUGAACACCGGCAAUCAGUACGCAGGAGCAACCGCUGAUAUGCUGAUAGCAUUUUACAGCAGAUUUGGGUGGCUGUUGAAAGCAACGAUGAGCGGACUUGUGAUAACAGGUUUCACUUGGUUUAUUCUUUACAAGGACAGCAGUAUACCUGGUAUCAACCCACCAUCUCCUUUCAGUCCUUCCAAACAGAGGAUACAUGGCAGUUCAAGAAUACAGAUAAAUUAUUUAGUUGGUGCACUAAAUGGAAUAUUAUUUUUUAUUUACAUGUGUCUUUAACACAAUGGAAACGUUGUCGAUUUUCAAAAGAUAGUUCUAUUUUUCUCUUUUUCUCUAUUUAUAUAGUAUUAUUUAUUUAAUUCACUAAUUUAUGUCGUCGGUAGCACGUUUAUUUAUGAGUGAUAUUUUAUAUGCGAAUAAGGCCUGCUAAUGACAAAGUCUUAGUAUUUUGUAGCUCUUUUUCUAUUAACAUAUUGCUAUAUUAUUCGAUUUCGUAAGUAGUUUUGAGCAAGAAUUAAAAGCUCUUUGAGCGAAAACUAAAGUUUCGCGAAAAUGCACAGGAAUACAUUUUCUAAAAUGUGAAAAACUUCGAACGAAAUCCACUAUUAGCACAUAAAGAAUUUAUUCUGCUUCUAUGUAUAUUAAUAGGCGUUACUAAUGGCACAAUGUGCAGUAAGUUAUUGAAACCAAGUACUUUGGUUGCGCAGUAUGCAACAACCAAAAACGUCAAAGUACAAAACAGAUUGUUCCAUACCUUCUUCUCCAAAUUUUAUAUAGUUAUCUAUUGCUACUGUUUAAGACUGAUUGAUAAUCUGAAAGGGCAUAUUUAUUGAUAGGCUAAAAUAAGUGAUGUAAGCUAUAGUUAAUUUAUGUACGCAGAAUAUAUAUAUAUUUUUUGCUUAUAUAAGAAUGAAUAUAAAUAGCAGAAACGUGAGGCUAUGAGUAAUAUUAUAUUUCAUAUUCAAUGCGUCAUUCUGAGUGUUACAAAAAUGAUGAAGUCUUUCUGGCAGCUAAGAAUAUACGAAGAAAAACACGUUUCUGAGGACCAUUCGCCUAUAUUUAUACUUAAAUUCAACAAAUAUUAGACUUAAAUGAUGAGUCUAUUACAAUUUCAAUUUUUCAAAUAUUAUGCUCGAAACUACGACUUUUAAUUAUAAACAUUUAAAAAAAUUACAAAAUACUUUACAAACAUUAGGGUGCGCAAAAAGUGAUACAUUUAUUAUUAUAUAGAAGUUACAGUGCGAACUAGAAUAAGAUAAUUUCUAGAGGUUUAUCAUGCGAUAAAAGCCUCGUCCUUUCCGGUUAUCGCAGAAAUAACGUAACAGAAAUACGUUAAAAGAAUAUUUUAUUUUUUAAACGAUUAAAACAGGAUUUAAAAAUAGAAGGGAUAUUUAUAGUUGUGUAAACUGCAUUUUAUUAAUAUUAUCGCUGUACAUGCGACAUGUUCUCUCGCGUUCGCGAGAACGAAAUGCUAUUCAAUAAACAUUGAAUAUACAUUCGCA